AUGGAUCUCAUCGUCACUCCCAUGACGACAGUGUUGGAAUGGGUAUGGUGCGCUGCCCAGGUCGGUGCCACUUAUGUGGAGCUGUGCCUGUUCUGCUUGCUGCUUGGAAUGAUAGGAGCCUUGAGUCUCCAUGUCUACAGCUGGCAGAAGCGUAUGAUCCUUCUACUGCAAGGAGUGUCGGCACAACUGAAUGCCCUUGAGUCUUCGGUGCACUCUGACCUUCAUGCAAAGUCGGGAUCCCUCGCGGACCCAAUGGCGACCUUUGACUUGAUGUCCAAGUUCCGUGAUCAUGAGUUGCCCAAGCUGAUGAAGGAGAUCGAAGACUUGGGCACAGAGAUUGGAGUUGUCAAGAAGCAACACGUGGAUGUGAAGGCUCAACUGUCAGGAUUACAACCCCUGGCAGGGGAGAUCAGUAGCAUGCACAAACAAGUGGGCUCUGUUACAAGUGACUGUGCCAAACUCGGCGGAAUGUUCAACCGCCUCACCGAAACGCAUACAGCUGUGGCACGUUUGGUGUCUACGCAACUGCAAGAGCCGGCCCUGGAGAAGCUUGGCAAGAGCAUUGAUGAGGCCAAUGAAAAAGGCCAAAAGACAGUGCACAGCAGGCUUGAUGAUCUGGCUGACAAAGUUGCUGUACUGCGUGUUGUUGUGGACCAAAAGAACGAGAAGUUGCUCACGACGAUGAAGGAUGUCAAUGGUAACACAAGUCAACAAGUUCGGGAUGUCAUUUCACUGGUGCGUGGAAUGGGGCAAACUCUACAGGAAACGACCCAGCAACUUCGGGAUUUGGUUCUGCUUGUGCGAGGACUGGGACCCAUUAUGCCGGAGGUCAAACGUCUUGGUGACCUUGUUGCAGCAGGCCGAGAGGCUUCUGGAGUUGCACAGCAGAACCUGCAACAAAAUAUGGAGACAAUCCAGGCUUGCGAGGACAGGCUGAUCAGGGUGGAGCCUAUGAUCACUGCCUUGGUGGACCAGAUGGCGGAGUCUGAGACCAAGCUGGAGGCCAUACAAGGUGAGCACGAAGUCCUCCAAGAAAUCCUGGGUCGACUGCCUAAGCUACCCCAACGCAAACCUCCAGCGGCGGACAGACCUGCUCCAGAGCAAACUACGGGGUCUCAGCGAGACUCGGUUCCGGCGCAUCCAUCUACGCCACCUACCACGCUUGGACCGCCACAACAGCAUCAGACGGUUGUUUCCAACCUGCCGAUCCAGACGCCGCCCACUAUUAUCCCAGUCAGCCUUGAGUCGGCGGCACCGGGCAUUCAGUUGCGGCUUUCUGAACACCUGAACCCGCAGCCACCUGUCUCACCUGCUGCGGCGCCUAAUUUUCUCAUAACACAGCUUCCAUCGCAACCUGCUUCGGGCAAUCACCUGCUGACAGCUCUGUUACAGAACCAACGAUGA